UCAAUGUGUUGGUGAUGUUAGUCUACUAGCAAGUGACAUCAAUGUGUCGGUGAUGUGAGUCUACUAGCAAGAGACAUCAAUGUGUUGGUGAUGUGAUCUACCAGCCAGGAACAUCAAUGUGUUGGUGUGAGUCUACCAGCCAGCGACAUUAAUGUGUUGUUGAUGUGAUCUACCAGGCAGGGACAUCAAUGUGUUGGUGAUGUGAUCUACCAGCCAGGGACAUCAAUGUGUUGAUGUGAGUCUACCAGCCAGCGACAUCAAUGUGUUGUUGAUGUGAUCUACCAGCCAGGGAUAUCAACGUGUUGGUGGUGUGAUCUGCCAGCCAGGGACAUCAAUGUGUUGGUGUGAGUCUACCAGCCAGCGACAUUAAUGUGUUGUUGAUGUGAUCUGCCAGCCAGGGGACAUCAACGUUCAACGACUGUCAACGUGUUGGCGUUGGUGAUGUGAGUCUACCAGAUACUAACAACAGAUUUAGUCCGGUUACGAAAAUGUAGGAAAGAAGAUUUAAUUCGUCUUCAGUUGCUUCAAUACGUGAAUGAAUUUUUGUAAUGUGGCUUUUACAAGUUUCACAUACAUAUCAAUCGAUUGUCUUUUAUUUCUGUGCUCAACAAUACAUCAUUUAAAUAUCAGGAAACAAGGAGUGCAAGGGACGUAACAAUAUUAACACCCAAACCCAAGAUGUGGAAAUUAGGAGUGACUUCCCUUUAAAAAAAUUAUUUAAUGUACAAAAUCGUAGUUGACUAAAAUAAUAUGGGGAAGCUAAUCUUAGUUUUUUUCUUUAGUGAAUUUUAUAGUUAUCUUCCCAUGAUUGAAGUUAAAAGCAAACCGUUCCAACUCAAAAUGGCUGACUAGAAAACAAAAGAAUAGGCGAAUCUAAUAGGUUUUAAUAAGAAUUACAAGUAUAAAAUCUGAAAAACUUCAAAUUUUUUGAAACAACGUAUGGAUUAACAAUGUCUGCACAUCGAAGUCUAGGACAAUGUAUAACUCUGAGAGAGAAUAGUAUUAAUAAGUCACUGGCUCGUUUGGAAGAAGAAACCCGAGGCCGAGACAAUGAUGUUGAUGUCCACUCACUUACCACUGACCAACAUCUCCUGACUUAUGGAAACCAAGAAACAAUACCAGAUCAUAUUUCAACUCAUGACACAGAAAUCCAUGAAUCUAUGCAAGGUUCUCAUGCUGUGAUGCCAGACAAAACAUGUAAGAACCAGUCCACUAAAAGAAAACGACCAAUUAGUGAUUAUGCUCCUGUCUCUUCCCAUUCCAAGUUGAGUGAUUCCAAGGUUUCUUAUUUUGAUGAUCACAUGAGAGGUUUAACUUUCCCGGUUCCUCAAGCAUAUCUUUCAUGUCAAACACUUGACAGUACUAGAAAAUCAGUGCAAGCCCAGGCAUCCGACGCUUCUGGUUGCAGUGACACAGACCUGAGACUGAGUGCACCAGCCCUUCUCAACAAGUCUUCUGACUUUGUUUAUCCUAACUUCUACACCCAAGACCAAAGACAUGAAAGCUUCAAGGACAGUGAAUAUAAUCCAGAUAUCUGGCCCCAAAUGGCUCAAGCAGGACUUUUUUGUGAUGGUAAGUCUCUCAUAUAGAAUACUGAAUAUUAAUAGAGCAAGCGGUCAUCAACCUUUAGGCCUGCACAACAUAUGGCCCAUGGGCUGGAAUGUAACAAAUAUUCUUUAUUAUUAUUAUUUUCUUAAUAGCUUUCUCCCUGUCCUAUUUUCUUUAAGCCAGCACAAGUAUCUAGUGAAAUGUUUCUGAUACAGUUGCAGUAAUUUGAUAUCCAUGAGAAUGAGAGGUCAAUUUCUUAGAUUGUAAAAGACAGUGUCAGUAGUGUACCCAGGGACUUUUUAUAGGGGGGUGCAGAGAUUUGUGACACUAUUUUUCAGAGGGUAGGGGGUCUAAAUUUUUGUGAUGAUGGGAAGAGUUGAAAGGGGGGUGGUGGAUAUUUAAAAAUCAGCAAAAUUUGUGUUACGUCAUUUAUGGAUGGCCCCUAAGCAGCUCCAGGGGAAUGUGUUAUGCAGUUUUUCACAUUUAUCUCAUUCAAAUGUUUUUAGGACUUAUUUAGGCUUCAACCAUCAAAAAGAAUUUUUAAAUUCUGCAAGUGCUAGACACAUUUAUUCUAAGUAUUAAAAAAUAUUACACUUAUAAAUUAUGCAAAUCAGGAUAUCUCAUUUGCAUAAAUUUUAAGAUUUCAGUUUGAUUCAUAAAUAUCUAUUUGUUCAUUCAUUUCCCUGCAAGAAUAUAUAGUUUUAUUUUUGUUAAUUAAUUGGUUUAUUUUUGGGCAUGACCUGAGAAAUCUUAGUAAUUUUUUAAUUUUUUCUUUUAGCAGUUUGGUAGUAAUAAAACUUUAAUUUUGUGAUUUAACUUGUAAAAAAUAUGAUAGAAAUAUCAAUAAAUAUUAAUUAAGAGUAUUAGUGUAUGCAAACUUUAUCAUUAUUACCGGAGACAGUCAUUGUGUUCUAUAUUUUAAUUUUUAGCAUUAUGAGUGAGUGUCAUUGUGGUAUGUGCAUACAAUAUCAGUAAUAUAUGUGAGUGGCUUUGUGGUGUGUGAAUACAUUAUUGGUACCGGUGGUAAUAUAUGAGAGUCAUCGUCUGGUGUGUGCACACAUUAAGGGGCAAUAUAUGAGUGUCAUUGUGUGAUGUGGGCAAACAUUAAGGACACUAUAUGAGUGUCAUUGUGUGGUGUGGGCAAACAUUACUGGUGUUGAUUCAAGUUUGCUUUUUUGCUUUCAGGAGGAUAUCUUAAAUGUUUUGUUUGUGGAGGAGUGAUGGAAACCACCAACAGUUUGGAAUGCUGUUUGACCUUUAACCCCAAAAACAACAAAUUUUAAAAACCAUUAAAUUCUCUCUGCUCAUAUUAAGUUUGUGAUGGAUAAUUCUUCCCUGCUGAAACUGUGUUGCCUG